CACAGCGACGCAAAAAGGAGCGGGAUUCAUUCAUGCUGCUUGUAGCAGCAAUCUAGGGCUGCUAGAAAGUAGUUUUGAUAUUUUACUUUGCAAUUCAUGAUCAAGCAACAAAGGACAGCAGUUGACAUGGUCUUGUCAAUUCGCAGUGGAAAAGUCUCUGCUGCUGCGUUGGUGCCUACCUAUAUCCUCGGAUUGCAGCUGUGAUUAGUUCCCACAGUGUGAAAGAGAACACUGGCUGCGACGGAGAUAUGAUGAUUCUUUUUACAGUUCGAAGAGGACUAAAGGUAGCAUGCUGCUAGGAGCAGGCUUACAGGGAAGAGCAUCUCCCUGGUGGCCACAGAGACUAAGGCCCCUAGGCGGAUCUUCUUAAGCGAGGGGAAAAAAAAAUGUUCAUAAAGCUGUCCAUUUUCCAAAAUGGAGCUUAAUUCCACCAGUUAGCCACAAUAGUUGCCAAACUAAAGACCCUUCUCUUUUCCGUCUCCUACUUCUUAUACUGUCUUCUCUCUGUCCUCUAAAAAAUCAUUCUUUCAUUUGUUCCCUUCUGCCAUUCUGUUUUCAUAUAUAUAGUAGAGUUCCCACAAUCUCUCUUCAUCCUCAACCCGCCAAUCAUUGAUCAUCUACCUGUGUUUUCUCUGUUUUAAGUUUUCCUUCCUCUGAAAAUUUAAAGUAGUUCAAACAGCACGUUCUUAGGAAGAAGCUAAUUCAGGAGCUAUCUGCUGCUUUCUUUUUAAUCGAAUAGCUAUAGCCCGGAAAGGGAAGAAAUCAUGGGUGUCCAGUCACUUGAUGCAGUUAUGAAAGAAUCCGUCGAUCUGGAAAAUGCGCCAAUGGAAGAAGUCUUUGAGCAUCUCAAAUGCACAAGAGAAGGUCUGAGCUCUGACGAAGUUCAAGAGCGAUUGGAGCUGUUUGGAUAUAACAAGCUUGAAGAGAAGACUGAAAACAAAUUCCUCAAGUUCUUGGGGUUUAUGUGGAAUCCUCUUUCAUGGGUCAUGGAAGCUGCCGCUCUCAUGGCCAUUACUCUUGCCCAUGGAGGGGGGAAGAGUGCAGAUUACCAUGAUUUCGUUGGCAUCAUAGUGCUGCUCAUAAUCAACUCCACUAUCAGUUUCAUAGAGGAAAACAACGCUGGUAAUGCAGCUGCUGCUCUCAUGGCUCGGCUGGCGCCAAAGGCCAAGGUCCUUCGAAAUGGUAGAUGGAGCGAGGAAGAUGCUGCUGUUUUGGUGCCUGGAGACAUUGUCAGCAUCAAGCUUGGUGAUAUCAUUCCUGCUGACGCCCGCCUUCUUGAAGGAGAUCCCUUAAAGAUUGAUCAGGCUGCUUUGACUGGAGAGUCUCUACCUGUGACCAAAAGUCCUGGAGAUGGAGUAUACUCUGGCUCAACCUGCAAGCAAGGCGAAAUAGAAGGUGUAGUGAUUGCUACCGGAGUUCACACAUUCUUCGGGAAAGCAGCUCAUCUUGUUGACAGCACAAACAACGUUGGCCAUUUCCAAAAGGUUUUGACAGCAAUUGGAAACUUCUGCAUUUGCUCAAUUGCUGUUGGUAUGGUGAUCGAAAUCGUGGUGAUUUAUGGCCUACAAAAGAGAGCGUACCGAGUUGGGAUUGAUAAUCUACUAGUUCUCCUUAUCGGUGGGAUCCCAAUUGCCAUGCCAACCGUUCUUUCAGUCACUAUGGCCAUCGGAUCACAUCGCCUGUCUCAGCAGGGUGCCAUAACGAAAAGAAUGACAGCUAUUGAAGAAAUGGCAGGAAUGGAUGUUCUUUGCAGUGACAAAACAGGCACAUUGACGCUCAACAAACUAACAGUGGACAAAACUAUGGUUGAGGUUUUCGCCAGGGGUGUUGACAAGGAUUUGGUCGUGCUGAUGGCUGCCAGAGCAUCAAGGCUUGAGAACCAAGACGCCAUUGAUACUGCAAUUGUUAACAUGUUGGGAGACCCUAAGGAGGCACGAGCCGGCAUUAGAGAAAUUCACUUCCUCCCCUUCAACCCAACUGACAAGAGGACUGCCCUCACAUACUUGGACGGCGAAGGUAAAAUGCACAGAGUCAGCAAAGGUGCACCAGAACAGAUUCUCAACCUGGCACAUAACAAAAAAGAAAUCGCAAACAAGGUCCAUUCAAUCAUUGACAAAUUUGCAGAACGCGGAUUAAGAUCUCUUGGAGUUGCUCGCCAGCAAGUUCCAGAUGGGAAUAAGGACAGCGCCGGAGGACCGUGGGAAUUUGUUGGCCUUCUCCCCCUCUUCGACCCUCCUCGCCACGACAGUGCUGAAACAAUCAGGAGAGCUUUGGAUUUAGGUGUCAGUGUUAAGAUGAUUACAGGUGAUCAGCUUGCCAUUGGCAAGGAGACAGGAAGAAGGCUUGGAAUGGGAACAAAUAUGUACCCGUCUUCGUCCCUGCUUACUGAGGGUGGAAAUGAAGCAACUGGGUCUCUCCCCAUCGAUGAGCUCAUUGAGAAGGCUGAUGGCUUUGCCGGAGUGUUCCCUGAACAUAAGUACGAGAUUGUGAGGAGACUUCAAGCCAGAAAGCACAUUUGUGGAAUGACUGGAGAUGGAGUGAAUGAUGCCCCUGCCUUGAAGAAAGCAGACAUUGGUAUUGCAGUGGCGGAUUCAACUGAUGCUGCGAGAGGUGCUUCUGAUAUUGUCUUGACAGAGCCUGGUCUUAGUGUCAUCAUCAGCGCUGUGCUGACCAGCCGAUCCAUCUUCCAGAGAAUGAAGAAUUACACUAUUUAUGCUGUGUCCAUCACCAUCCGUAUCGUCUUUGGAUUCUUGAUGCUGACUUGCUUCUGGAAGUUCGACUUCCCACCUUUCAUGGUCCUAGUCAUAGCCAUUCUCAACGAUGGAACAAUCAUGACCAUAUCCAAGGACAGAGUAAAGCCAUCACCCGUACCUGAUAGCUGGAGGUUGAGUGAGAUUUUCGCCACUGGCGUCGUCCUUGGUGGCUACUUAGCACUCAUGACCGUCGCCUUCUUCUGGCUGGCUUACGAGACCAACUUCUUCACAAAAUACUUCCAUGUAACGAGCUUCCAGCAGGACGACUACGACCUCACAAACAAAGCAGUUGCUGAUCAACUCAACCAGCAAUUAGCCUCAGCAUUGUACCUCCAGAUUAGCACCAUCAGCCAAGCUUUGAUCUUUGUCACCCGCUCCAGGGGAUGGUCUUUCCAGGAACGCCCUGGCUUCCUGCUCGUCUUCGCCUUCCUAGUCGCCCAACUGAUUGCAACCGUGAUCUCGGCGGAAGCAAACUGGAAAUUCGCUGGAAUCCGAAGCAUUGGAUGGAAGUGGACUGGAGCCAUAUGGGCUUUCAACGCCGUCACAUACGUGCUCCUCGAUCCCAUCAAAUUCAUCGUCAUGUACGCUCUCAGCGGCAGAGCCUGGGGACUGGUUGUGGACAAAAGGACUGCGUUCACCAACAAGAAGGACUUCGGGAGGGAAGAGAGGGAAGCGGCAUGGGCGACGGAGCAAAGAACUCUUCAUGGCCUGCAGAGCGAUUCCGACAUGAAAAUCUUCUCAGACAAGAGCACUUACAGAGAGAUCAGUCUCAUGGCCGAGGAAGCCAGGAAACGUGCUGAGAUCGCGAGGAUGAGGGAGCUUCACACGCUGAAAGGAAGAGUGGAGUCGUUUGCCAAGCUGAAGGGCUACGAUAUCGACUCCAUGAACCAGCACUACACUCUUUGAAGAACUGGAAAAAAGCAUUCGUCAACUCUACAUUAUCCCCAUCAACUGUUGUCUUCGAAAUUCAAUUUAUCUCUACUUUUAUUUUGUUCUCGAAUAUAUGUACGUCGUCUUAACUUUGCAUUUGUGUACCAGCAGAAUUAAAUAAAAUCCAAAUUAUUUA